UUUCCCGAACCAUCUCCACUACAUUCACAAAAAAUAUAAUUCAAGAUUAAUAACAAACAAAAUUUAUAACAAGAGAUAAAAAACGGAACAGAACCUAUAUUAUAUCUAAAUAUACUACAUCCAAAGAGAUAAUUUAAUGUAAUGUGAGAAUACUUCUUAAAGACCACAUAGAGUAGCAUUAAUAUAUUAUAAGGAGGCAUCGUCACGCUAAUUACGGAGUGUUAACAGUUGUCCAAUCAUAAAUCCUCGCACAGUAUAGUAAUAACGUAGGCUAUUGAAGUAAUCAUACUUAAACACAAAAAUUUUCAUAUAACAUUGAUGUUUAUCAACAUGCAGGUCCAUAGAGUCAGCUUUCACAAUAAUAGAAUACGACAUUAUAUUAGUUCAGAGUUCACUUUUACUCCAUCCUUCGGCCUCACGACAUCUCACAAUUAAAAUAAUAAAUCCUUAAAUUUAAUUAUAUAUAAGUUUUUCCACUACAAGGCUUUACAUCCUUAUAAUCGUCAACCUCUACAGAAUCAUAUUCAACUCUAUGGCAAGUAUUAACCUGUGGAAUCUGUUAUGACAUUGAACGUUCGGUUAUGAGUCUUAACACCGAUGAACAUUUGUAAACAAGAAAAUAUAGAAACAUUCAUUAUGAAUAUAUGAUAUUAAAAUAUCUUAUAAAUUUGUUAACUGAAACCCAAGCAAACAUAAACUAAAUGGAGGCCCAAGAUAUUCUCGACACAUCAAAAUUAACUUUUGAGGGCGACUUUGAACAGCAAGUAGAAGAAAUUUUAUUACACGUAAGACUUACUAAAGAAGAGGUGCUGAGAUUGCAAACGUUAUUUGACGAUGUCUACAAUGCUCUGAACAAAGUUUGGGAUGGAAUCAAAGUUCAUGCAUUCGGAUCAAUUGUAACAGGAUUGGGAAUUAAAGUGAGUGAUUUAGACUGUUAUGUGGAGCUUCCGAGUUGGCUCAGUCCUCCAGAAAAAUCGUUCGUAUUCAAAGCUAAGAAUAUAUUUAAACAAGAACCCUGGAAAUUUCAACAGCUGCUUGCAAUAUCCUAUGCAAAAGUACCCAUUCUCAAAUUUUACCAUACCCCCACUCAGUGCAACUGCGAUCUUAGUUUUAGUAAUCCUACAGGAAUUCAAAACAGCAAAUUAAUAAGUUACUUUUUAAAUUUAGAUGUAAGAGUUUUGAAACUAGCAGUUCUCAUCAAAUAUUGGUCCAAGAUACAUGAUUUAACAGGCACCAAUCUGAUGCCUAGCUACUGCUUGACUUUGAUGCUUAUAUUUUAUUUGCAACAGAUAGGUCUUGUGCCGCCUGUUAUAACACUACAGCAAAACUCUACCGAGCUCCUGAUAAAUAAUUGGAAUCUUGCAUUUAAUGAAUUAGAACAUCAAAUCUCCACUGACCAAACAUUAUUCCAGUUAUUGGAGGGGUUUUUUAAGUUUUACCACACUUUUAAAUUUGACAAAUAUGUAAUUUCUUUAUAUUUAGGUUGUGCUAUUGAAAGGGAAUUAUUUGUCGAUGUGAAAACAGUCCCAUUAGAAUUUUCCUUUUAUCAUAGAAAUAUAUCUCAGAAUCUCUGUCAGCAGCUCAGACUGGACACGGCCAUGUGUGUUCAGGAUCCCUUCGAGCAAAGCAGGAACUGUGCUGUACGCGUACAUCCUAAACUGUUCCAACAUGUUAUGAAUAAAUUUAGAAAUGCCGUUUCAGAUUUUGAUAACAAUCAUGAGAAAGCUGUCCUGAAAAAAUUGUUAUUUAGAACAAUUGAUAACCCUCCUCCCGUCAGUAGAGACGGUCACAGAGUGCGUCUCAAGGGGGUGCAGAAGAGAUUCAAUAAUAAUAAAAAUAAAUUUCAACUCAAUCAGAGAAAUAAACAAAAUGUACAACAUCUUAAAAGUCAGCUCCAGAAGAAACAACAGACUCAAACAUAAAAUGUUGCCGUUUGAGUUUGGACAUCCUUUCAGAGAAUAUAACUUGACAUGUCACUAAAGCUAUUCACGAAAAAACUUAUAAUAAGUUUUAAUUACAAAGUCGGAUCUUACUCUUACAAGCUCUGUAUUUAUAUUUUACUGGCUGUUGUGAUUUUGUGUUGGUUCAGUUACUUUGGCGUAAUGUCACUCAAAAUAUGAAUUGCUUCAAGUUAGUUGUAUGAUCGUAAUCAUUACACACAAUUAAGACAGCAACACUAAACCAUAUAAUGCGUGUAGCAACAUGAGCCUCUGUCUGUUUUUCUAUUGGUUCUACAAAAAUUUAAUUAAUUCAACGGUUAUCGUAACGUUACUACGCUACUUUAAUAUUAAUGUCUAUGACUUUGAGGUGAAGUCGUGUGAACAAUAUUCAAUUGUAAAUACAUGUUACAAACAUAAAACAGAACAUUAAUAGUGUAAGGAAAUACAAAUUAUAUUGAUCAUAAAUCAUAAUUUAUUGAGAAUAAAUAAUUGAGUUGUGUAAAGCUUGUUAUUUACCUACGUUUUAACUUUUACUAUGUUAUAUUACAUAUUACAACACUACUCCGACAACCUUUACGCUAUGGUUCCCGAAACUUUAAUUUGUAAAAUAAAACUUUAUAAUUUAUACAUUCAAAUAUAAAUGUUGGUUAAAAUUUGUGACGUAUUUAUAUUUUUUAUUUAACUAUUUAUAUUUAGGUUUUAGAGCGACAUAAUAUCUUAAUUGAAAUAUCACAAAGAAGUCAUGACAGAAAGCUUUCGUUUAUUAAUGUUGGGAUAUUAAAAAUAUAUUUAAUUCAGCUACUAAGUAUAUGUACGCGAGAGGCAGUUAUUCUGUACUUCUAAAAUUAUUUUGAUCACACCACAACAUAUGUAAAAGAGCCAAUACUACUAAUUGUAAGUACUAAUACUAAUAGAGUAUCUAUUAAUUAUAUUAGAAUGAAUAAAGUAAUUAUUCAUAAAAA